AUAGGCCCAAUUUCUCAACACUUUAACAAUGGUUAGGGUACGUGCACUCUUGAAACAUUGUUAACACGUAUUUGUCGGCAGAGGGCAGAAAGAAAAUACUGUGUAAUACAUUUAUGAUACAAAGUAGUUUGUUCCUUUGCUUACAAGGGGAAGCCGGUCUAUGGUCAACAUGGUGUCCGGUCUGCUGUUACGGAGAAUAUUUCUGACCGUUGCGGAAACCAGCAGCCGCGUUUCCCUCGGUAUGAGAGGCCAAUGGUGUGGUAUCACGACCUCAACAACCAGAUUCAGCGAGUCCUCCUUGCCCAACCCCGUUUCGGUGGUGAGCUACAAGCAGCUGAAGAACAUGUUGUCCACUCACAACGUCCAGCUGUUUGAUGUCCGCAACCAAGAUGAGUUCAUGGCUGGACGCAUCCCAGACUCUGUAAACAUCCCAUUGAGCCAGCUGGAGGAAUCUCUAAAGCUGUCACCAGAGCAGUUCCAGCUGCAGUUCGAGGUGAAGGCUCCUGGGAAAGAUGAUGACAACCUUGUGUUCCACUGCCAGAAGGGCCGGAGGAGCGCCGAAGCUCUAGCCAUCGCCCGACAACUGGGCUUCAACAGGGCUCGGCACUAUCAGGGGGGGUACAGUGAAUGGGCCGCACUUGAGGGAAAGUGAGUCACUUUAUAUCCAUAACAGGAAGCCUGUAUUGGAGUUCUGGUCCAGCCCUUUAACUCCUCUAGUCUGAGUACUGCACCAGAAAACCAAGACCGAAACACACGUCUUAGAGGACUGAAGUUUUCAGGUACUGUUCCUGACUGAUUGACCUCAGUUAUCUAUGACAACUAACUUACUUGGAAGAGGUUGUUCUGCAUCCUUAUUUCCUACCUCAUUUGGCUGAAAGACUGAUGUGAAAUGUAAAAGGCAAGAUCAUAAACUGAGAGACUUACUUCAUCAAUAAAGUCAAUAUUUGAGAUUUA